CUUAAUUAGCACAACAAAACCUAUCAUCACCAGCUGAAUUAACCUCGUCAUUUUCUCACCAACCUGACAGGAAGAUCGAGCACUGCCGGAGUGACCGAUCGAUUGAGCACGAAUGGAAAAUGACGGUAUGCAUUCCUCUCAAUUCAUUUUUUUCCUUGAAUUUUAUCGGCAUUUCUGUCUUACGGAUUCACGUUUUGUUCUGAUGGCUGACGAUCCAUCGCCUACAGAUCGUGGAGAUGUGCGUGCACAUGGACUGCCCCGGGUGCGAGAAGAAGAUACGGAAGGCGAUCCAGAGGCUGGAAGGCGUGGACGGCGUGGACAUCGACAUGGCGCAGCAGAAGGUGACGGUGAACGGGGACGUGGAGCAGAAGAAGGUGCUCAAGGCGGUGCGGCGGACGGGGCGGCGCGCCGUGCUGUGGCCGUUCCCGUACUCCGCGGGCGCGGGCGGCGCGGUGCACGUCCUGGCGCAGCAGCAGCAGCAGCUGUACCACCCGGGCGCGGGGCAGGCGCACGGGAGCCACGCGGCGCGGCCCACGUCCUCGUACAACUACUACAAGCACGGGUACGAUGACUCGCGGCUGUACGGCCCCUACUACCACCACGGCGCCAACUCUGCCGUCGCCGGCACCAGGACCACCGACUACUUCAGCGACGAGAAUGCGCAGGGGUGCUCCGUCAUGUGAUCGAUGGGCGCAUGUAUUCUCUGCAAACUGCAAAAUGUUGAAAUAAGAUUUUUUUUAAAAAAAACAAAGUGUUGAAAUAAGAUUGGAGAAGUGUGUAUAUAUAGAAGGCAAACUACAAAAUGUUGAAAAACUGAAAAGGUUUUCGACCACCAAAUGCUAACACGUGUAAAUAUUCGAUGAUUUUCGAAUCCAGUUAUUUACGUUUCAAGACAUUGCGUAGCCGUCCCAUGUGAUAUGAACGAAGGUAGACUUGCA